UUCUCUCUCUAAUCCUAGAGAGAGAAAAUUGAAACUCAACACCGUAUCUCUCUCUAAAAAAUCGCCAUUCGCGAGCCGGGGACGCUGGCGAUUUCUCAAACCCUAGCUAUCUUUUUGAACUCCAGUGGAUCGAACGCGCCUCCGGUUCUUGUACGGAUCCAAAGGAUUUAGGUAUUUUGCUUAAGUGAGCAAAACAAAUCCAUUCAAAAUUCAGCGACCAGGUUCAGGGAGCGACUUGCCCCCUGGCGGGGAGUUUGCUCCUUUCCCUGUGGCCCGGAGGGUAAAUUCUUCUCUUGUUAUUGCAAUGGAUGAUGAUGUGGAGAAUGGACUUGUGGGUUCAUACCAAGACCGACCCAGAACAUUUCCCAACAUGCGGAGUAAAUCACAAGUCCCUCUGAUGUUACGGAUCUUCACGAGAAUAGAUGUCCGUAUCUUAUUUGCCCUUCUGCUCUUCUUGUUUGGAGCUGCAAUUUACAUUGGAGCUAGUACUUCCCCAAUUGUUUUGUUUGUCUUUUCCAUCUGCGUGGUCAGCUUCUUCUUCUCAAUAUAUCUUAUGAAGUGGGUUCUUGCAAAAGAUGAGGGGCCUCCUGAAAUGGUUCAGAUAUCAGAGGCCAUAAGAGAUGGAGCAGAAGGUUUUUUCCGGACUCAGUAUGGAACUAUUUCCAAGAUGGCUAUAAUAUUGGCGCUUGUUAUCCUUAGUAUUUAUCUCUUCCGUAGUUCGACUCCACAACAGGAAUCGUCUGGCCUUGGAAGGUCAGCAUCUGCAUAUGUUACAGUUGCUGCAUUUCUUCUAGGGGCUCUAUGUUCUGGGUUUGCUGGAUAUAUUGGAAUGUGGGUAUCUGUCCGUGCAAAUGUUCGUGUCUCUAGUGCUGCUAGGCGCUCUGCUAGGGAGGCUUUGCAGAUUGCUGUCCGUGCUGGCGGGCUUUCGGCCAUUGUUGUUGUUGGUAUGGCUGUAAUUGGUGUGACCUUCCUAUAUGCUACAUUUUAUGUGUGGCUUGGAGUAGGCUCACAUGGCUCAAUGAAGGUCACAGAUUUGCCUCUUCUCCUUGUCGGAUAUGGUUUUGGUGCCUCGUUUGUUGCUCUUUUUGCUCAGCUUGGUGGCGGAAUUUAUACCAAAGCAGCAGAUGUUGGAGCAGAUCUUGUUGGAAAAGUGGAGCAGGGAAUCCCUGAAGAUGAUCCUAGAAAUCCUGCUGUGAUUGCAGACCUGGUAUACAUUAUUUCUCUCGUGCUCAUAUGGCGUCUCAUAGAUUGUUUACAAUAUCAUAAAGUGGGAAAUUGGAAUCAAAUAUGUAGCUUUUUAGCAAUUUUCUUGUCAGAUGGAUGGUUUUCCCUCAGCGAUAAAGUUAUCUUGUGCAAAUUGCGCAAUUAUCAUAAUCUUUCUGACAUUAGAUUUUUGGGCCCCAUCCUGAACUUGAGAAGUAGACCUUUCCUGGGAGUUCAGACCGCAACAAUCCUACUGACAUUUGCUCUUAUGGUGGCCAGCUACUACAAUACCGGGUUCACUGAGCUGAGUGUUGUUGUCUAUGUAUCUGCGGAGAUAAUUAGUGCUAUGAUACUUGGAGGAAGUAUGGCUCAGCGCUGCAAAAUUGAAGAUCCUUCAGGGUUUAUCCUAUUUCCUCUUGUUGUCCACUCUUUUGACUUAGUGGUAUCAUCAAUAGGAAUACUAUCAAUCAGGGGAACACGUAAUGGUGGAACCAAGGCUGCUAUAGAAGACCCCAUGGCAAUACUACAGAAAGGCUAUUCUGUUACAAUAGUCUUAGCUGUAAUAACUUUCGGCCUGUCCACUCGGUGGUUACUUUACACUGAACAAGCUCCUUCUGCAUGGUUGAACUUUGCCUUAUGCGGCUUGGUAGGAAUCAUUACAGCAUACUUGUUUGUCUGGAUCACCAAGUAUUACACAGAUUAUAAGCAUGAGCCUGUCCGUUCGCUAGCUCUUUCAAGUUCUACAGGGCAUGGAACUAAUAUAAUAGCAGGCAUAAGCUUAGGUUUAGAGUCAACAGCUCUUCCUGUUCUUGUGAUUAGUGUAGCAAUUAUCUCGGCUUUCUGGCUAGGACGCACAUCAGGCUUGGUGGAUGAAACUGGAAAGCCAACUGGUGGUCUAUUUGGAACAGCUGUAGCAACAAUGGGAAUGCUCAGUACAGCGGCCUAUGUCCUCACUAUGGACAUGUUUGGACCAAUAGCUGAUAAUGCAGGUGGCAUUGUUGAGAUGAGUCAGCAGCCUGAAAGCGUUCGAGAAAUCACAGAUCUCCUGGAUGCUGUUGGUAACACUACAAAAGCUACUACUAAAGGAUUUGCUAUUGGCUCUGCCGCUCUUGCUUCUUUUCUCCUUUUUAGUGCUUAUAUGGAUGAAGUGGCUUCAUUUGCUCAGCUCCCUUUUAAAGAGGUCGACAUAGCGAUUCCGGAGAUUUUUGUUGGAGGGCUGUUGGGCUCUAUGCUUAUCUUUUUGUUUAGUGCCUGGGCUUGUGCAGCUGUUGGAAGAACUGCUCAGGAGGUUGUUAAUGAAGUUAGGAGACAGUUUAUUGAGAGGCCAGGUAUAAUGGAAUAUAAAGAGAAACCAGAUUAUGGUCGUUGUGUCUCCAUUGUGGCAUCUGCAUCCUUGCGAGAAAUGAUAAAACCUGGUGCUUUGGCAAUUAUAUCGCCAAUAGCCAUAGGAUUCCUCUUCCGGUUACUGGGUCAAGCCACUGGCCAGCAGCUUCUUGGAGCCAAAGUCGUGGCAUCAAUGCUAAUGUUUGCUACAGUUUCGGGUAUUCUGAUGGCUCUGUUCCUAAAUACUGCUGGGGGAGCUUGGGAUAAUGCCAAAAAGUACAUUGAAACUGGUGCUCUUGGAGGCAAAGGAAGUGAUUGCCAUAAAGCAGCAAUAACUGGAGAUACAGUUGGAGAUCCAUUCAAAGACACAGCAGGGCCUUCCCUCCACGUUCUCAUAAAGAUGCUUGCAACAAUUACCUUGGUCAUGGCUCCCGUAUUUCUGUGAACAAUAUGUUUGUGUCGAUCGGAUCUCGAGUUGAUAAAAAAAUAUAUACUUUCAUCACCCCCUUUACUUGUAGAUGCAAUGUUCCUCACGGGGUGGGAACCGAAUGCACUCUUCAUAUGGGACUAAUCUUAUUUUAAUUAUUUUCCCCUCCUUGCUUUGUUAGAGCUAGUGUUACAUGACCUCUCUGAUUUAAAGUAGUGACAUUUACUAUUAUUA